GAAUAUUGGCGUUUACACAUAAUCUGGUACAUAAACUGCAAAAAUGAGAGAUCGACUUCAAGAAUUUAUUAAGAAAGCAAAAGAUUUAGAAUCAGAGUCAUCAAAAACACCUGAAUGCACUUUGACAGACAACAGUGAACCACUUGAGAUAAGGCAGCAGGCGGUUAUAUUUGAAAAAGAGCCUAUCCUACAAAGCUACUUGGAUGAAAUCCACAAAAUUCAGAAGGAUAUCAACCAGCUUUCUGAAAACGUAAAAAAAUUUGGGGAGCAGCAAAAAAUACUUGUGUCGUCAAUGAGACGAUUCAGCGUUCUAAAAAAGGACAGCAGUAUUACAAAGGACAUCAAACUCCAGACUGAGAACAUUAAAAAGCGACUGGAUCUGUUAGCUCAGCACGCUAGAAAGGCAGAAGCAGACUGUGGUGCAUCAUCGGGCCUCUCCAGGAUUCUAAAGACCCAGCAUGCUGCCCUCUUUAAAAACUUUCAAAAUGCCAUGCUCCAAUACAACCAAACAAUUACAGGAAAGCAAGACAAAUGUAAAACGUUUAUUAGAAGGCAGCUCGAAGUAGCUGGAAAAGAUAUAUCUGAAGAGGAGAUCAACACGAUGGUGGAACAAGGCCAGUGGGAUGUCUUCAAUGAGAAUCUGCUCACAGAUGUAAAGAUCACUAAGGCACAGUUAUCGGAGAUUGAGCAGAGACACAGAGAGUUGCGGAGUUUAGAAAAUCAGAUGAAGGAACUGAAAGACAUAUUUUUCCAGAUUUCUCAGUUAGUAGAAGAACAAGGUGAAAUGAUUGAGAAUAUUGAAAUGGUUACCAAAAAGACAGAAGAUCACGUCCAGAGAUCAAAUGAAACAUUUAAACAGGCAGUUAAAUGGAAAAAGAAAAACCCAUGCAAAACACUAUUUUGCUGUUGUUUCCCUUGUUGCUAACGAGGAACAGAACAAGAUUUUGAUGUUUAUGUAAUUGAACUCUACAGUGAAACAUACAAGGACCAUGUUUUACAAGCUUAAAGAAUCACUCCAUGCUCAACAAACCGCUCUGGUACUAGAAUGUUUUCUUAAUCAGGGCACAGAGAGGUUUCUGGACGAUCCGUAUUAAAAACAACAAUAAACAGUAACAAUAAUCCAAUAAGGUCAGAUUCUGCUUUAUUAGCCUUUCUAAAAAAGAAAACAUUUAUUUGGUUGUAAUGCCUUGUCUUAUGCUCUUUAAAGGACCACUAUAGUGCCAGGAAAACAUACUCGUUUUCCUGGCACUAUAGUGCCCUGAGGGUGCCCCCACCCUCAGGGUCCCCCUCCCGCCCGGCUCUGGAAGGGGGAAAGGGGUUAAAACUUACCUUUUCCCAGCGCUGGGCGGAGAGCUCUCCUCCUCC